AUGAGUCAUUGCUUUUGUAGUAGUUAUGCUGUCACUUAACUUGUGUGCCCUAAAUCUGUCUCCGCCCUCUUCCAGAUGAUGGACAGUGCAACAACCAGUUUCCCGUCUAUACUUAGUCACACGACCAACUCCUUCUUGAACCACGAGGUGUUGGCGCUGCCCGUCCUGCCCAAAAGACGCGGCAUCCCUCCUCUGCAAACCUUCGCCCCUCUCAAGUCCCUCCUGCCCUGCGACUUCCACCUGCUGAACCUGCGCAGCAUCCAGGCCCAGCAGGACGCCAGCACUCCAUCUCCGUACACGGCCAUGAUUCUUCACCGUUUGGCGCUGGACUGUGGCCUCGAGGCUCAGAACCUGGGCUUCAACUGCACCACCACACAAGGACAG